AUGGCUGUCUCUUUAUUCAUUGAGAAGCGUUUGCAUCAUAUUAGCAAAAAAAAGAUUAUUUGGAGAUGGAGAUCAGAACAUUGGAUCUCUAACAUUUUGACACGUCCUUUGGAUGAAUACAUAGAUAGAGCCUUGGGUCGAUCCGAGGCACACGAUGCGGCGACGCCUCCAUGCUCUGUCCUAGGCGCCUCAUUUGGUUCCCAUACACCUUUUCACUCGUGGUUUACUUUCGAAUCACCAUUCAUUUCUUUCUUGCACAAGGAUGAAGUUAACACUAACCCGCAAUCACCAAUGCAAUCUCCACAGGCACCACCGCCAAUAACAGGUGAAGAACCUAGCAUUGACCAUCCAAAAGGCGAUAGGCGUCCGACUUUACGGGCCUCAGGGCUUAAACCCCGGCUCUCCAUUACAUCCGAUUUAUCCAAGACAGAACAGAGUCUAAAUUCUUGCUACUCUUCACCUACAUGUCCAGAAUCCUCCAAUGAGUCAAGGUCUAGCUCAAUUCGCCCACAAGGUCAGCCCUUCUCGUUGCCCAGAGAGCCUAGGACUCCUGUCAAUACGGAGAUGAAUGAUCGACUUCAAAACUAUUCAAAAAAGCUUGAGCUUUCAGUUAGGGCGACAUUCGACUUUGGUUUGCCUACAUUGCUCGAAAGCUGCUGCAACAUGACAGAAAGUCUGGAAAGAGAAUCUCUCCUUUCCUUUGAGGGAGUUAGCUUCUUUGCUCACGAUAAAUUCCCACCGUUGUGGAGCUCCCCACCGGCAACCAUCCCUUGUCCCGAUUCUGUUGCUGCAGGGAAAAAGCGUAAAAGAAACUGCGGAAAUGCCUCUGAUGAGCCAUCAGUUCAAGGAAUUGGAGCUAGCUCAGUCCCCAGUAUGGGAUUAGAGCCAUCUAUUCCUGAAGUUGGAUCUAAUCUUAACACAGCAAUAUCCUCAAAUAUACCCCCACAAGAACUUGAACCCAAUUCCAGCUCUAUUCCGUCUAGCGCUGGGAAUAGUCUCGAAGCAGAAUUUGGCUCCAUUAGUGGUUGCUCGACUUCGACUCCAGCGUCUGUUUUUGGUAAUAACGCGACUCAGUCUGAGCAGAUGCUCUCGUUUUAUAACACAUCGCAAAUUAGUUUCUGGAAUCGCGCUUUAUCCCACAACAUAAUCACCUUAUUACAAUAUGGUACCCAUGUCAAGCUCUUCUUACAACAAAAGAAAACCUGUGAUUUACCCCCAAGCGAUCAAGGGUGGCCAUGUGCCCCUGUGCCGGCUUCGAGGUCGCCAUCUGCACGACCAUCAACGAGUACUGCUACGAGUUCGCCAUUAAAGACAGCUCAAUCCUCGCAUCAAGGAAGAAGUGUACAUUUCCAUCCUAUUACCCGGACCAAGAUGAUUGGUACAUGUCAAUAUGGAUUUGUUGUCUAG